AUGAUCCGGUACGUGGCACUGCUCAUCACGCUGCUGGGCAUCUGGUUCGUCAUGCAGACGUACUUUGAUCACAGAUGGAAAGCUAUCAGCCUGCGGAGCUGGCUCGGUGUCACAGACAAGCCCAGAAGCAAGCAGCUGCCCCAGCACAAGUGUGGAAACCAGAAGAGCUGCUCCCAGAACUAUUUUGCCUUCAAGAUCAUCAGCGGUGCCGCAAAUGUGGUGGGACCCUCCAUCUGCUUUGAUGGCACAGUCCUCAUGAGCAGCGUGAAAAACAACAUUGGCAGGGGCCUGAACAUCGCACUGGUGAACGGAACAAGCGGGCAGCUCCUGAAAGCAGACACAUUCGACAUGUACUCCGGAGACAUUAACAAACUGGAUACCUUCCUCCGAGAGAUCAAGCACGGCACCAUCGUGCUAUCAGCCAGCUACGAUGAUGCUGCCACAAAGAUGAACGACCAAGUACGGGCACAUUUUGUGGAGCUGGGCAGCAGCCACGUGAGCCACCUGGGCUUCCGGGACAACUGGGUCUUCUUGGGAGCGAAAGGGCUGAUGAACAAGAGCCCCUUUGAAGAGCACAUCAAAAAUGCUAAGGAGACAAAUAAAUACAACGGCUGGCCUGAGCUGCUGGAGAUGGAGGGCUGUGUCCCCAUGAAGAUGGAUUAG